UGUCAGUAAGCAGGGGGAGAAAUGAAGACAAAUACCUCCCACUCCCCUGCGGUCACUGCUUUCUUUUCUUGCUCUGCAAUCUUCUUUCCACUUAUAGUAUAAGUACAGUUCACGUUUUUUAGCCCAUCUUUGUAACAGCAAAAGUGCAAAACAAUGUGAAUAUGUAAUCGUCUCUACAUAUUCACCUGGAGUUCCACUCAUUUUCUCAAAUCAGAAGCUGUAGCGGAAAGUUACAGGCGGAAACUGUGGAGGUAGGGGGCUAUAGUUGUACGAACUUGUACUGACUGUGAAACUUUGAGCAACGACUUCAGAAUGAGUGUGGAAAUUGAAGAACACAGCUCAGGAGAGCGGUUGGAAUCGGAGAGAACCACUACAGAGAUUUUAAAAGAAUCUAGGCUUACGUACACUAAAGCAUUCAUGUUAUCAUUGAUUAACCUGCAAAUUUGUAAGGAGUUACCCAAGGAUUUUGAUUCAUCAGUUUUACGCGAACUUGAUGGUGCAUCUGAGUAUAAGCUGGAAAUGCAACAGACAUCUGCGGUCCUACCUCCGUAUGCUUCAAACAAUUCUUAUAUUGGUCCUUCAACUUUUAUUAGAUGUGAUUUGGUUGCUGCUUCUCGAGGAUCUUGUGGAAGAUGGGAGAAACAAUGUUCACGGUUGAACUCACAGAAUACUCCACAGGGAAGCUGUGAUUCAGAUUCCAGGGUGCAGAAUGAUCGUUCUGGGAUUUUGGGAUCAAUUCUUAGUAAGAGCAAGAACCCUUAUCGUCCACCACAGUCGUACAAGGUUGGCAAUUCCAACUCGUAUGCUACCCAUUCAUCAAAAGAAACUAAGUCUCUGGCUAACAAGGCCUGUACUGCUCAAGAGGAUGUACAAUUACACAAUGGUACUCUUCAAAACAAUGUAGUUGGGGAUAAAAGUUCUGAUGUUCUGGCUACCCAUCGGAGCAAGCAGAUUGCGAAAUUGUCUGAAAGCCAAAAAUCUGUCGACAAGUUUGUAGAUCAAGAGAAGUCACAGUGCGAAGCACCUGAUUCUAAGGAUGCUGCUAUUGCUACUUCUCAGCAAGAACAUCCUGAUUCAGAUGCUAAAGCAUUAAAGGCGAUUAAUUUGGAAGAAUCUGAAAGAACACAAUUUGGAAAGACACCUGAGAAGGAUGCGUCACUGCCACAUGCUGACUUUCCUGGCAUUGAAACAAAAUGUUUGAGGAGGCCAUCUACUGCCAGAAGGGAGAAUGGUAUUCAUACGGUCAACAUCUUAGCAGAGGGAAGCCUUGAAAAUUUUAAACUGAAUCUGGAGUCCAAGGAUGAUUUUGAAACUGAAAUCAGUAAUGAGUUGCUUUCAGAUGAAGCAUUCUUUCCUUCUCAGGAAAAUUCGUACGAGAGGAAGUUGAAAACCAUCCAAUUAGAGCCCUAUGAGUUCUUAGCACCAGUUCUCCGCAAUUGUGGAGCUUUUGGGACAGAUUGUGAAGGGAUUAGGGAUUCUAUCUUUGAUUGUGAGCUUGAGUUGGAUGAGAUUGAGGAAAGCACAUCUCUUUUUGAUGAUUUUUGGACUGAGAUACUAGCAGUUAUUCAUUUGGAGCAGGAAUCUAAGGUUAGUUACUCGGCUGAUACAGAUAACAUAACAGAAUCUGAAGUUCCACUUCGUUUACCGGAUGAAGAUGAAUUGAUUUUACUGAAUUAUGAGGAAGGGCCAAAAGAGCCCAAGAUCCCUCCUGUGGACAUUUCUACUGAUUUGGAUUUUGUGGAAGAUGAAAUCUUUUUGCCUGAUGAGGACAGUCUGAUUUCUGCUGACAAUCUAACAAAGCACAUGGUUGCAAAGAGUUGGUGGAAAACUGAUACUGCUGAUUCUGCUGACAAUUCUGUAGAUGCUAAUUGCUCAGAGGUAACAUUUGCCGGUAGAGCUGAUAAAGUGAUGGCUAACUUCACUGCUGAGAAAUCGUCUCCACCUUGUGUGAAAGUACCAUCAUCUCCUGAAUUUUCGAGCUCUGUAACUCACUGGAAACCAUGUCCCAACCAGAUCUUUUCUCAGACCCCGUGUUUCCAUGUAAAUCCAGAAAUUCCAACUCUCCAUCCAUUGGAUCUUUACUUUACUUGCAGUAGUUUCCAGAACAUAAGAGAACCAAAGCACGUUCAUUAUUACCCUGCAGUAUAUUGGUACCCUUGGUCUGACAUUCAUCAUGAGUCUUCCAUGAAAACCACACCCGCUAAUGGAAAGAAAUAUGAAUAUCUUGAACAGUAUCCAAUGUUACAUCAGCCAGAUAAUGAGCAAGUCAUUUAUGAUGUUGUACAACAAUGGGAUGCUGUGCAACUAUUGCCUGAGACUUAUCAACAAUCACACUACCCAGGAUUUGGAUUUCCAAUAUGAGGUGAGAUAACCAGAAGCUGCUGAUAUGCAACUAGCUCGUUGACAUGAAAGAAGAAGCAAAAAGGAGACUCUAUUGCAGCUAGCUAACUUCCACUGUCUACAGCAAAGAAUAUGCCUUAGGAUUUUAGUUUGUAGUUGAUGAUCAUGACCGUAGGAUUUUAGUUUGUAGUAGAUGAUCAUUUUGAUGGAAUGGGCAACUGCUGGUUGACACACACAGAACUCAUCCAUUGCUGAAGUUUGUAUAUACACACACACAUUAGCUUCAGACAGGAAGGCAGCUUGUCCGCACUUGUUUUAGUUGGAAAA